AUCUGAAGUAUUUGGAAUCGAGACUUUUACAAAGAUGACUCAUUUACAUGCUGGACUCAGUCCAGAGACUAUAGAGAAAGCCCGCCUGGAGCUCAAUGAAAACCCAGAUGUUUUGCACCAGGACAUCCAACAAGUCAGGGAUAUGAUCAUCACAAGGCCUGACAUUGGAUUUUUACGUACAGAUGAUGCCUUCAUCUUGAGGUUUCUCCGAGCCAGAAAGUUUCACCAAACAGAUGCCUUCAGGUUACUGGCUCAGUACUUUCAGUACCGUCAAAUGAACCUGGAUAUGUUCAAAAAUUUCAAGGCUGAUGAUCCAGGGAUCAAACGGGCUCUGAUUGAUGGAUUUCCUGGAGUCCUGGAAAACAGAGAUCACUAUGGUCGGAAGAUACUUUUGCUUUUUGCAGCCAACUGGGAUCAGAGUAGGAAUUCUUUCAUAGACAUUUUACGGGCUAUUCUGUUAUCCUUAGAAGUUCUCAUUGAAGACCAAGAGCUUCAGAUAAAUGGCUUCAUUCUAAUUAUAGACUGGAGCAACUUCUCCUUCAAGCAAGCCUCCAAAUUAACACCUUCUAUCCUCAAACUGGCCAUUGAAGGUUUACAGAUCUUCCUUCAUGGUAACAAUCUGAACAGCCUUCACCAGCUAAUACACCCUGACUGCCUGCCUUCAGAGUUUGGAGGGACACUUCCUCCUUAUGACAUGGGUACUUGGGCUCGGACAUUGCUUGGCCCUGACUACAGUGAUGAGAAUGAGUACACUCACACAUCCUACAAUGCCAUGCACGUGAAGCAUGCAUCGUCCAACUUGGAAAGGGAAUGCUCACCAAAACGUAUGAAGAGGUCUCAGUCAGUGGUGGAGCCUGGGAUGCUGAAACAUGAAGAUCAGAAUGAAAACGAGAACACCCAGCCACUGCUGGCGCUAGACUGA